GUUGCGUUUACUGAGGGGGCGCGUGAGCGUGGUGGAAAUGGUAGCAAGAUGGCGGCGCUGAAGGAGGAGCAGUGCUACGGACUGUCCUGUGGAAGAGUGAGCAAUGGCAGCAACGUCUCCGUCUUUCACGUUAAACUUACUGACAGCGCCUUGAGAGCCUUCGAGGCCUAUCAGACCAGCAAGGGCCUGUCGUGCCAGCCCUCCAUCCGCUUCACUGGAAACCAAGGGAAAAUCUCGAUACCGCGAUCGGAAACCGCCAAUGAGGUGCGAACGUUCACCUUCUACCUGUCCAACGUGGGGAGGGACAACCCCCAGGGCAGCUUCGACUGCAUCCAGCAGUACGUCACCAGCGAGGGCAGCAUUCAGCUGGACUGCCUGGGUGGGAUCCAGGACAAGAUUACCGUGUGCGCCACCGACGACUCCUACCAGAAGGCCAGGCAAAGCAUGGCCCAGGCCGAGGAGGAGACGCGCAGCCGCGGCGCCAUCGUCAUCAAGCCCGGCGGCCGCUACGUGGGUAAGAAGGUGCAGAUCCGGAAACCCGCGCCCGGCCUGUCGGACAUCGCCCCGUCGCGGCGGACGUCCCGCCCCGUCAUCAUCUCCAGCACGAUGAAGAAGGGCGGGAGCGGGGUGCAGCAGCGCCCCCUGCGGGACCGGCUGACUCACCUGCUGGCGCUCAAGCCCUACAGGAAGCCCGAGCUCAUCCUCCGGCUGCAGAAGGACGGCCUCUCGCCCCACGACAAGGACACGCUGGACAGCCUCCUGCAACAGGUGGCGAACCUGAACGCGCGGGACAACACCUUCACGCUGAAGGACUGCGUGUACAAGGACGUGCAGAAGGACUGGCCGGGCUACUCUGAGGGGGACCAGCAGCUCCUCAAGAGGAUCCUGGUUCGGAAACUGUGCCAGUCCCAGAACGCCCCCCCUGCCCCCACGGAGAACCCCGUCAGCCCCCCGAAAGAGCUGCCCGGCGCCUCCCCGUCGCAGAAACGGGCGGCGCAGGAGUUCAUCGACCCGCUGGCCAAUAAGAAGCCCCGGAUUUCGCACCUGGCCAGCAAGGCGUCCUCCGGCCCGGUCAACGGCAAGCUGAGCUCGUCCAACGGGAGGCCGGCGGGCGGCGGCGGCGGCGGCGGGGUCCCGGUGUCGGGGCCGGCGGCGGCGGCGGACGGGGUGACGUCCGGCUCCCAGCUCCCCGUGCUGGAGAUCUCGCGACCCUUCGACCCGCUGUCGGACGUCAGCAACGACUCCAGCCACAACGGGCGGGACUGCGACGGGCCGCAGGAGGCGGCGGUGGCGGAGCGGCUGAGCCAGCCCUCCUCCGCCGCCUCGGGCCCCGCCCCCAACUCCCUCUCCAGCCUGGGCUCCGCGCCCCUCCUCUCCUCCUCCUCCUCCUCCCCCCGGCCCGGCCUAAGCAGGCCGUCGGCCGACGCCCCGGCCUCCGGCCCCUCCCCUUCCGCGGCGUCGCUGCACGGCAAGCCCAAGAAGAAGUCCAAGAAGCACAAAGACAAGGAGAAACCGCGGGAGAAGGAGAGAGAGAGGGAGCGGGAGCGGGACAGGGAGAGAAAAGGAGGGGAGGACCGAGGGGCGGAACCCAAGAAGGCCUGCGAGCUCGCCAUUGGCUCCGGCGGUUUGAACAGCAGUAUUCCACAGGGGAGCGCAGAUCUCAACGGGAUGUGCAACGAUUCUAGUAUUCUGACGUCAUCCUCGGAGGUGGCCGACUAUUUAACGAAGUACACGGAGAUAGCCUCGCCGGAGCAGCGGCAGAGCUACAAGACCGACUUCAACGCGGAGUACAGCGAGUACCGGGGGCUGCACGCGCGCAUCGAGGGCAUCACCCGCCAGUUCACCGUGCUCGACACCGAGCUGAAGCAGCUCCAGCAAGGCACCGACAAGUACAAGACAAUCCACAAUCAGAUACUACAAGAGUAUCGCAAAAUAAAAAAAACUAAUCCAAACUAUAGCCAGGAGAAGAACCGCUGUGAAUAUCUGCACAAUAAACUGGCUCACAUAAAGAAACUGAUAGCGGAAUACGAUCAACAGCAACUGCAAAGCUGGCACUAGUGCUACGGUUUUUCUUUUUUUUUCUUUUUUUUCGUUUGGAAACCAGACAGGAGAGAGAAAAAAAAAAAAAAAAAAGUCUGGAUUCUGCUUGCUCCAAAAGUUCUUAUCAAAGAUGACACAGAGGGAGAAUUGAUUCCCCCCUUCGUUGGGGCCAAAAAGCACUAGUGAUGACAAAGCAGACCCUCCCCCGUCCCCCCCCCCUUGUCUCCUCCCCCCCUCCCUCUUAUUUUGAAAGUGCGGCUCAAGCUCUUCGAGCAGCCGCGUUCAACCUGGAUAAAACCCUGUGUGGCUUUUGAACCCAGCCCCCCAUGAGUGCACAGAGGUCUCUUAAAGGGUGUGACAGGAUAAUCCGCAUUCUUUGAGGAUCUCACAAAACAUUUCUGUGAACGGGGUGGGUGGGGGGGUGAGGGGGUGAGGGGGGGGGCGGGUGACACUGAAAAGGAACGGGUGGUGGAAUGUAUGCCAAAUGAUAAUAGUUUGUUUGAAAACAGGAAAAAAAAAUGUAACGGAUGAAAUAUGAAAUGAGAUCAAAUAUUUUUUUUCUCUUCCUCCUUCCCCCCCUCCCCCACCCCCCCUCCCCAUUUAUUGAAAUGGAAGGUUUUGGAUGCAGAACUCUUUGUGAAUAUGUAUUUUAUUCAAUUUCUUUUUUUUAAUUUAUUCUGUUAUUUGUGGACUUCCAUAGGGAUAAUAAGUUCUGUUUUAAUUUUACACUCCUCAGUAUCAGUACUACAGAAUCGCCUCUCUUUGUCCUCUUGACCUGAAUGUCAGCCAGUAUUUUAUGCAAAACUGCUGCCUUGGCUCAUAUUACCCCUUAUCUGUUGCAGUUCAUGACUUUUUUUUUUUUGAGAUUAUUAUUAUUAUUAUUAUUAUUUUCCCCCCAAUUAAUAAAGACAGCACUGUAGUCGCAGAUGGACACAGAUGCCCCAAGUUUCACUUCUCUUACAGAGGAAGUAUUCUCUUUUUUCCCUUCUUUCUUGAACCUCAAGAUGUCUGGCACACCAGGUCUGUGCCUCUGGUUAUUUAAGGGGGGGUGGGAGGGGGCAGAACAUGGACUGGAAAUGUUACACUGUCCUUGCCUGGUUACCACGGUCACCCUUUAAAAAAAAAGUCUGUCCAAGGUCUGCCCGCCUCGCCAGGCUGGAGCCUGAGGCUGGCGUCUCUUAAGGUGGCGUGGGUACGAGAGCAGUCCUCCUUAAGCAGGGAGGGGGGGGGGGCGGGGGGGCGGAGUCCCAGGUACGCACGCGGCCAGCGUCUGCGACUGUUCAGCAAAGUGGACUCCACUCUCACACACAUGGUGCUCCUCCACAGCUGUGACUGAGAACUGUGCGGCGGUGUUGAGGGCGGUGUCACGGAGAGGUGCGGUUUAAAUCGUCACGCGUUCUAUUCGUACUGUCCAUCGCACACUGGAGACCGGGUCUGGAACAACAACUACCCCCCCCCCCCGCCCAAAACCGCGGUCCCACCCCCCCGCCUUAGUGAAUUUCUGCAUCUGGAUGAAUUUUUGCCCUCGUGCCGUAUUUUGGGAAAAAGUCCCCCAACAGCUGUUUCAGACAGAAGGGUUCUUGCCAGGACUGCCGUGUUAAUGUUUGGCUUUUCAGAACAGGCCUGGAGUGUUCCUGUCUGUUUCCUGUUGGGUUUUUUUGUUUGAGGGUUUGAGGGUCCUAAUGCAGCAUUAAUUGGCUGCUGCUCCUUCCCAACUCUGCUUCCUCCCCCCCCUUUAGGAAACGGAGAAAACUGUGAACCCAGUAUGAAUGUGAGACAGUAUUGACCGUAAACACAGAGACGGUUCCCCCCCCCCCAGCGGAUGCCAGGAAGAGGAGCCGCUGGCUUUUUCUUCUUUCUUUUUUUUUUUUUUUCUUUCCAGAAAUGCAGAAAAUUUGCACUUGGACACGGUCUGACUCCUUACCAGUAUCCCUCACUUCAGUGCACUUCAGCUGGAGUUUACACGGCUCUUAUUGAACUACACUGAGCGGCCAGCCUCUGUGGUAUCGGGUGUGUUAUUGGCAGCCAUUUUUGUAGUCCGCAUUUGGCUGACCGAUCCGAGGUUCCUGAUUGGUUCUCGUAAUGACGGCCCUGAAUGCUGGUCCCUCACACUGAGCCUGUGUGUGGUUAAAUGUGAGAAUCAAAGCUUCCUCUUGCAGUUCCUUCACUCCUGAUCUGAUGCAAGAUUUGCCCCCCCCCCCCCCCAAAAGGACAUGAUUUUUGCUCCGUGUGUCUCAUUUCAGUGCAUCACAAAUGUGUCCUGUGGGAAUUGAAAACUGACCUUUUUUUUUUUUUUUUAUCAGAAAUUGUUAGCCUGAUUGCAGAAUUUAUGUUGAGCAGGGUUGCAAAUUCUGUCGUUGCGUAAUGAUUUUAACGGUCCUGAACUUUAAUUUGAAUGGCGCUUGUACGAAAAAAGAAGAAAAGAAAAAGAAAA